AUGAAAUGGAACAUGCAAAUGGAAGAAAUAGAAGCAAUUCUCGAGAAAAUCUGGGACUUACACGACAAACUCAGCGACGCCAUUCAUUCAAUUUCGCGAUCUCAUUUUCUUGAAUCGGUUAAAACUAUCACGAACUCUUCUCGCAAUAAAAACGACACUGUUGCCACUGAAACGACACACGACGGCGCCGGUUUUGUUUUUGUGAAAGAUUUUCGGCCGCAGAAUGAAGAGGUUGAUGACGCUGUUUGCGAAGCUAAGAGUCUUAAUGCUAUAAGAACCGCGCUCGAGAAUCUUGAAGACCAGCUCGAGUUUUUCCAUACCAUUCAGACUCAGCAACGUGUUGAAAGAGAUGUUGCAAUUGCUCGUCUGGAGCAGAGUAGAAUUGUUCUCGCACUGAGACUGUCGGAACACCGUGGUAAAAAAUAUAAAGUCAUUGAAGAAGCUCUUGCUUUUGUUGGAGAUGUACAGGAUGCAAGCGGCCUUAUUUCACCUGAUGUUUUUGGACAACCAAAAUGUACUGCUGAGAAUUUUGUUGCUGAUAAAGGGAAGAGAUCUAAUAUCUUCAUCAAUGCUUUUGUCUCAAGUUUUAAUUUUGUGAAGAAAUCUCUUGGGUUGGAUCAUAUGGGUGGAAUAGUGGGCAAUGCUGCUUUGCUCGCAGUUAGUAUGAUUGCUAUGCUUCAUUUACAUCAGGUAACUAACCAUGGACAUCCAUUUAGAGAAGAAAAUAGAAAUCACGGAAACAGAACCAUGAGAAGAACAACUCAAUUGGAUUCUACGUCCGGUGCCCAUUCCAGUAAUCUGGAUGUAUUGUUGGCUAGAGGUUAG